AUGCAAGAAAAGAAUGGAAGCCCAACGGAUGGGAUUGGAUACAAUUUAGGCAAGACUGUUCAAAUUGAUGAUGCUAUUGAUGUUGAUGAAGAGAACCUAACUACUGAUGGAUCAUUGCAAAGGAAAUCAAAAAGAAAGGCAACAGAGGUAUGGAAUGAUGCAAUUGAAUUUUAUGAGAAAUGUGUAAGAAAGGUAAAAUGCAACUAUUUCCACCAAGUUCUGUCUCUUGGUAAAAGGGAGUUAACUAACAAGAAGCGAGUCCCUGACGACGCAGACGAGUCACUUGAAGUGAAGAGACUCAAAGAGGACUUUCUCAACGAUCUAAAUGAUCCGAAUCAAUGGAGAGCGACAGAGGAUCUGAACUCCUUCAUGAAGAGUUUUGAAGCAAAGAUUAAUGGCUUUCCAUGGUGUGUGAAUUUUGAGAAUCUGACGUCAGAUUCCAACGAGUCACAGCUAGAUCUCGUGGACCUUUUUGAAGCAUCUAACGAUCAUAGAUGA